AGCCAGUCAGAACCACUGCAAUCAUCCGACGGUUACCACUUGCAGCUAACGCACACACUGCGACGCGACCCGCGAAACUGACGCCGCGCGCGAUUUGCAAAUCGAAAUUCGAAUGCAAAUUUUAUUUUAGUGACAGAUAAAAACGAGCCCUGGUAAAAAAAAAAUAAACACAAUAAGACGAAUAAAUUAAAUAUAAUAAUAAUUCGGUUUUUAUUUAGUGUUUGUGAUGAAACUUGGUUGUGAAUAGAAUUUAAAAAUUUAAAGAUUUGUAAAUCACAGUCAUGAUGGCUGAUGAGAAAAAUGUCGAAAAUGGGAACAAUUAUGUCACAGAAAAACAAAACAAAAUCAGCGGCAAAAAAAGUUUUAUAAAAAGUAAAGAAAAAAAUAAAGUGAAAAAGGAUGAUAUAGACACUGAAAAUUUAAAAGAACUAAAUAUAUUUCAAAAAGCAAAACUUAUGAUGUCUCUCAUAACAGUGGAACCAAUUUUGGCUUGCUACGUUAUGCCAUCUGUUCUUUCAGCGUUGGCUACGCAGAAUUUAUAUUUGGAUAAAGCUUGUAGAGUUAAUUUGGGCUUCGAUCAUCACAUAUGUGAUGCUUUGACUAAAAGACAAACUGCCAACUAUACAUUUGAAGAAGAAGCAGUCCAAACGCUAGUAGCUUCUGUAGCUGGAUGGAAAACAGUAUUACAAUCAUUUUUACCCUGUGGAAUAUUAAUAUUCCUCGGAGCCUAUAGUGAUAGAGUUGGGCAAAGAAAGUUUUGUAUGCUUUUGCCUAUUGUUGGAGAAUUCUUAACUAGCAUAGGUCUUAUUAUUAAUACAUAUUUUUUUCACCAAUUACCGGUUGAGGUUGCUGCUGUAACAGAAGCGAUAUUCCCAGCCUUAACUGGAGGCUGGUUUACUAUGUUCAUGGGCGUAUUUAGCUACAUAGCGGAUGUUACGACGGAGGAACAAAGAACGUUGCGGAUUGGAAUUGUUAAUCUAUUCUAUUCUGUGGGAGUGCCAUUGGGUGCAGCUCUUAGUGGAAUAUUGGUUCGAAAAAUUGGUCUAUAUGGUGUAUUCUCCUUAAGUGCCACUAUUUACGUGCUGAGUUUCUUAUAUGGCUACUAUAGAAUCGUGGAAGUCAAAAGAACCGAUCUUAAUGUGAAAAAGACCAAUAAUUGUUGUGAAUGGACGCGAGAUUUCUUCGACACGCGUUACGUGAAAGAUACUCUGAUGGUCGCCUUCAAACGUGGUCCAAACAAUAGGAGAUUAAGAGUUAUUAUGCUUGUGGUUGUCUUGUGUGUUGUAAUUGGACCAAUAUACGGGGAGAUAUCUGUGAUGUACUUGUUCACAAGAUACCGAUUCAACUGGAACGAAGUGGAUUUUAGCAUGUUUUCUACUUAUGCUAUGUGCACUUCUCUAGUGGGGACGCUUUUUUCCGUCGGCGUGUUCAGCCAUCUGUUAAAAUUUGACGACGCCAUAAUUGGAGUGAUCUCUUGUACGAGCAAGAUAUUAUCUGGUUUUAUGUACGCCUUCUCAACAAAGACUUGGCAAAUAUAUAUAGCCCCACUUAUUGAAAUUUUUAAUGGCACUUCCUUUAUUGCAAUGAGGUCGAUGGUUUCGAAGUUAGUGGAGAAAGACGAAUUAGGAAAGGUGAACUCUUUCUUCGGCGUGGCAGAAGCGAUGAUGCCGUUGGUAUACGCUCCGAUGUACACCACGGUAUAUACUGCGACUUUGAAGACCUUCCCUGGAGCCUUCUUCCUUCUCGGUGGAGGGCUAACUGUGCCCGCUGUACUUAUAUUCUUAUGGUUGUAUAUGGCAAAUAAGAAGCAUAGUAAUGCAAACGCUCAACAAAAGGCUACAGAGAAUCCAAUCCCAGACGAAAAGUCCGAAAAGGUUGGCAUUGAAAAUAAAGCUUUUGAAACUGAAGAGAAAAAUAAAAUAUCUUCUAAAACAGAAGACACAGAUAAGAAAGAACCAGAAAAUGAAGACAUUAACACUAGUCAGUCGCAAAUUGAAAUGGGCUUUACAGAGAGUAUGCUUUGUACCAGUAAAUUGUAGCACAUAAAUUUACUGUACCAAAUCCGAAUUUAUCUACCUGUUAACGUGUAAAUAUGGCGACUUGGCGGUCCUGAUCGCCUUCAUAGCGCAGUUUAACAUAAACUAUCAGUACCGAACUAAACAAAGCUUACAGUUUUAAAAUGUAAAUUAUUGUACAUUUUGCUGUAUACAGUAUUAAAACUUAAGCAUCCAUUCUAACUAUAUGUUACAAUAUUGAUAUAGUUUCAAGAAUUUCGUCCUCGUGACUGAUAAUAGAAGGCAAUUGCUUAAUUUCAUUUUAGAAUAACCCGCUUUUGACUAUUAAUAUUAGUUAUUAAAGUGACAAGAGGCUCUUAAAAUAUAAAACAAACUGAUUUAGGCUAGCUAACAAAGUUGA